UGGAGGCUUCAGUAUUAGUUGCAGAUUACGAAUGAGUGUCAAGAACAAAGUGCUCUUCUAGAGCCAUACAGUCUUCGAGCAUUUCUGAAAGAAAGUAGCCAGUCCGAAAUCUGUCACCAUUAUUUCUGGUAUAGCGCUUGGACUCCAGUAGCCAGACUCCUUAACAGAGUUAAUAUUCCAUCUUCGUGAUAGUUGAGAGUUGGGGAAGAGAAGGAGAGUGAAUAGCAGAAAAGCAGUUCAGAAAACGGCUUCAUCAAAUACCUCUCGCUCAUCCUGCAAGAGAGCUGGCUGGUUUUCCUUCAAGGAGAUACUUGUAUCAUCUUAGUGAAUGAGAUUCCAAAUUCAAAGAGCAAGGCGCUCUCCUAAGUUGGGAUAUUCCCAGGGUUGUAACAUCUCCGUUCGGCUGGUUCAGAGCCCGGCGGCAGGUUUCUGCUUGUACAAGUCCAACUGGAGGCUUUCUCUUAACGGAGAACCGCCUUGGGCUGCUAGUGAUUCCUGCUUCAGCUCCUGUUAGGUCUUUUUGGCAACUUACUACAAACUGCCCAACACUGAACUAAGGCUGCCUCUUCACUUGUUCCAACAAGCCUUUCCUGGUCUCUGCGACAUUUUAAAUAACUGUCACCCCCAAGUAUCACAGGUCAAUUGUUGAUUUUUGUAACCUUGUGAACGACCAAGAUGAAGCUGACACAUCUUGAUGAACGAAUCCACGUACUGGAUGCCGAAACUGAUGUCUGGAAAGUUGUGCAAGACAUUGCCGAAUCAGGAGUUCAGGAAGAAGCUUUCUAUGUUUGUGACAUUGGAGAUAUUGUGCGCAAACACAAGGAGUGGAAACUGAAGAUGCCACGUGUUGAGCCACACUAUGCUGUGAAAUGUAAUGACUCCCUGAAUGUCCUGGUAGUCCUGGCUGCGUUAGGAACUGGGUUUGACUGUGCCUCUAAGGGAGAAAUUAACAAGGUCCUGGAGCUAGGAGUGGACCCCAGACGCAUCAUCUUUGCCAAUCCAGCCAAACCAGCUUCUCAUAUCCGUCAUGCAGCUGCACUUGGAGUUGAUACCAUGACCUUUGACAAUGAAAGUGAGCUGCACAAGAUUAAGAGCUUGUUCCCUGCUGCAAAGUUGGUGAUUCGCAUCCGCUGUGAUGCUGCUGUAGUGCAGUGUCAGCUGGGAAUGAAGUUUGGUUGUAAUGCAGUGACUGAGGCACCUCAUUUGCUUAAAGUCGCCCAGUCUCUUGGACUGGAUGUUGUGGGUGUCAGUUUUCAUGUUGGAUCUGGUUGUGGUGAUGCACCAGCUUUCUAUCGGGCCAUAGCAUCAGCCAAAAUGGUGUUCGAUAUUGGGACAAGCCUUGGGUAUAACUUCCACCUCUUAGACAUUGGUGGGGGUUACCCUGGCAAUAAAGGUUCAUCUAUUGAUAAGAUUGCUGAGGUCGUGAACACUGCAUUGGAUGAGUAUUUCCCUGAUCCAGAACUGGUACGGGUUAUUGCUGAACCAGGUCGCUACUAUGUGGCCUCAGCCUUUGUACUUGCAACCAACAUUCACUCCAAGAGGGAAAUACCCAAUGGCGAGGAAGUGGCUCAUAUCAUGUAUUAUAUCAAUGAUGGCGUAUAUGGAAGCUUUAACUCACUUCUGUAUGAUCAUGCUCAGGUCACCCCCAUCCCACUUAAUGCCCAUCUCGGUAAACUGGUUCCAUCAUCAGUCUGGGGCCCAACUUGUGACGGGUUGGACCAGGUUGUAGAAAAAGCCCUGCUGCCUGUGAUGCCUGUUGGAGAAUGGAUCAUAUUUGAGGAUAUGGGCGCGUAUACCUUGCCUGUAGCCAGCCCUUUCAAUGGGUUCCCUGUUCCAAAAGUGCAUGUUGUUGCCGAUCAAUCCAUAUGGUUUAUGCUAAAGGAUCUGUUACCACUCACAGAAGAUGAUUUUGUGAUGGGUAACACUCCUGCCAACCUGCGCAUUGGGCUUGAUGUAGGAGGUAGUGGAAGUAUACAGGAUUGGGCCAUACCUUUGUCCCCCAGACCAGUGCUCUGCCAUCAGGACUUGGAUCUCGAUUCUGGUUCAACACUAGAGAAGGCAAUCAUGGAUCAUUCCCCUUUGCCAACAUCAGUCUUCCGGUUUGAUUACGUAGAGGUUGAACCCAUCAACUAUGAAUGCUAUUAAUAUACGUAACAUCAAGGGGAGAAUCAGUUCAUAUUGUGCAGAAGUAAACUGAUUAUAUUAGAGAAUUAGGAAUGUUGUUUGUGUAACUGACCCUUGGAGCAAUAGUGACAGCAACCUGUCAGGAUGAUGAUUUGUCAGGUGAUUGAAAUAUUCAUGACACAUUUCAAAAGUGGUCCAAGUACAGAAUUAUGGUGGAGUAUCUUGAAAUUCUAUGACUGCCAUAUAGCUUAUUAAAAUCUUUUGACAGUACAGUGCCCCCAGGAUUGAAAUUAUGAGCUUUAAAAAUACAGAAGAGCUUGGAUUUACAUUUUCAGAUAUCAUUUCUUUCAUGAUAUUAUGUCUUUUUUUGUUUGCUUCCACCCAGCUGCCCGUAAGAACAAUUUUAAAUUUUAACUGAUUUUAUAUUUAUUCAAAUUUAUGUUUUUCCCAUAUUUGCACUUAUUUUUUCCAAGUCUUCACAACAAAAAUUUGCCUAAUUCUACUUUUACAUCAUUAUUUCAGGAAAAUGAAAAAAAACAACAUUAUCUUUCCACUCAUCUUCAAGGUUUGUUCUGGUAAAAUGGUCAUAUCUUUGCAUAUGAAAGUUGUUGAACCUCACAUGAGACAGACAUACAGACCAGGAGUUCAAGAAAAAAGAAACUAGUGAGCCAGCCUGGUUAAAGAAAUAACACGUCAUGUAUGUUAGUGCAUUUGCAUUUAUACUCUUCUUUGUAUUCAAACAUGUACAAGUAUAUGUUGAAAGGCUCUCCAAAGUUACAGUAUAAAGUAACAUAUUACUUUUUAUGUUGUAUCAAUCAGUUCAGUAAGUUUCCACUUUACAUGAUUUGGGGUACAGUGGAUUUUAACACUAAACUGAGGAAAAUCUUAAUUGGAAUUUAACACUGAAAUUGUUGAUUUGAGAUCGUGGAAACUGAACUUUAAAUGUAGGAACACUGGAUGCAGGUGUUCACCGUACACUGCCAGAAUCUCGUGAGUUGAUUUGAUGGGUAAACUGUACUCAUCAUAAACUUUUAUAAAGUGAAUUAUGUGAUAAUUUGCCUUUAUAUUUCACACUAUUAUAAAAACAAAAUUUAAUUAACUUUUUUCUUCAUUCUGUAACCGUUCUUAAACUUGCAUUUGGACUUUAUUGCCUGUUGCAGAGUGUUUAAAGAAAGUUCAGAUCAUAGUAAGAGCUUUAAAAUGGCACAGUACUUGCAUGUGAAACAAAAAGAGUAUGAAAAUUAUAUGGGUUUAAAAAAAUAUUUUACUGUUACUAAGAAAUUUCCUUGGUGAAGUAUAGAAAAUAUAGCUGAUGGGUUAAUGUAUCUAACAGCAGUCACAGGUGGGAUGAUCAGAUUGUGUUGAAUGCUUCAAGUCUUUACUAUAAAACAUGGCAGUUGAUACAGUUUUGUCAAAUAACUUUCAUACCACCAUAAAUAGGAGUCGAUGUAAUCUGGACGAUUAGAAGCAUUAGACUAAUAGCACUUCCUACCAAAGCAAGACAACAUGGAGGUUCAACAUUACUAACCUCAGACCCUCCCAUUGGACAUGAUGCUGAGUCUGUUCCAUUCUCAUUACAUCAUAAUCUGUAUCAUGAAGAUGCAUGUUAAUAUCCUCCUUUUCUGUCUCAAAUAAAUGCUUUAAGCAGGUUGCCACACUGAAAUUGGGUAUGUGUUUCUGGUCUCCCAUAUUCAAACCACAUCACUACUUUCACUCAGCUCCAAGAGUUAGGUUAAGGAAAAUAAUGUUGGCCAUCAUUUGAUUGGCUGUUUCACCAGAUUAUAAUGAACAUCAGUUUACUUCCAUAAAAAUGAACAUGUAUUGGUUGCAAGAUGAUAACAGUGUUCCUGACUCUCAGUACUGUCUCAGCAAUUGUAUCCUUUUCAAAAAUAAUUUCUGAUACAUACAGGACUGGAAUACCAAUGUGGCAGUUUAAUGUACCGUUGUUGCUUGGUGUAGUCACUUGGCUUCAUGUACAGCUAACAUGAGGGCUGGUGAACGUCCUAGUAUCUCUUGUCUUUUGUGUAUCAUUCUCAUCAAAUUUACUGCUUGUAAUGGGAUAUUUGUCCAUAAUAUGUUAGGCCUGAUCGUUCUUCCCAGAGAUAUAUAUGUAUGUCAGUAUACACACAUAUAUUUUUACAAAGAUGAAACUUCUUUUACACAGUAGAAAGAAUAUUUUGUGCCCUGAUGUAACAAAAAUGUUUCAAGUUUCAUAAUCCUUACUAUAUUUGAAAGCCUUCUGGUCAGGCAUCGUGUAUCUUCCCAUCAAAUGAAUAAACCUGCAUGACUUGGAAAACCGUAAUAAAACAGUAAUUUGGUAAUUGAAUCUGAAUUGAGCCAAAACGUCAAUAUAUUUUAGUACUUUGCAUCCAGAAAUUGGAAAAGCUUGCAUAAUUUUCAUAUCAACCAAUAUUUCAAACUUUUAAUAUGGUUUCAGUUUGAUCUGGAUCCUUUGAAGCAAAGAAUCACUGAAAUUGCUGAGCUACUAUACUGUAUGCAGUUGGCAGCAUAUCUCUGUGUAGUAAUGGGUCAUCUGCAUUUUGAUUGUGAACAUACUGAAAUCACUGUAAUGUUAAGUUAAUUUUUCCUGUCUGCAAAUUAAUUUCCAUCUGAUUUUCAUAUGUCACAUUGUGUCUCAUUUCUGAGAUCUUUCAACCACAUUUUGUAAAUGUAACUGAAAAACUGGUUGUAAUCUAUAUGCAAGUUUAAAGUGGGCUUUAGUACCCACCUUCACAAUCUUGUACUGAACUUUUUUAAUAUUGUUUAAUGUAGCAGUUAUUUUUCUUGUAAUUUCAACAGAUUUCAUUAAUUUCUCACUCUGUAAGUGGAGUCUGGAUAAAAAUGCAUUUGUCCUGUGAUAUUUGGGGGCCCUUGGAAUAACAGUUAAUGAAAUGUCUUGGGUUUGGAAUAGGUGAAGAGGCAGCUUUUUGUGCAAACAAUGUAAUAAAUUUCCAUUUGUGCAAUAUAUAUGUAACACAGA